AUGCCUGCCCAUGCCCAAUCUAAGGCUAAGGAUAAGUACAGGAGGAAGCUGGAGCGUAAACUCCAGCAAAACAACAUGAGGGAGGUAUGGAGCGGCAUGAGGAACAUCACUGGCUUCAGAUCGAAUGGCUGCAGUGGAGUUGAGGACAGCUUGGACAGGGCCAACGAACUUAAUCUGUUUUUCAACAGAUUUGAUACUGUCUCUCAUGCACAUGUACCCACUAACUCUGCGGCUGUCUCACCUAUUAUCCAACUACUCCCUUCUCCUCCUCACUGUCCUCCCUCCUCCUCUUGGGACAUCCUUUCACCCACAUCCUCCACCCCACAGGUUAAUAGCACUCUCCAGCCAAAUGACUCAUCUCUUCUUCCUCCUCUUCCAAUCUCUGUGUGCCUCACUUCUGAGCAGGUGAGAAGACAGCUGAGGAGACUACACUCAAAUAAGGCUGCAGGGCCUGAUGGUGUUCGUCCUGGGGUGCUUAAAGCCUGUGCCUCGCAGCUGUGUGGAGUACUUCAUCAUAUCUUCAAUCUGAGUCUGAGUCUCCAAAGGGUCCCUGUACUGUGGAAGACAUCUUGCAUAGUUCCUGUGCCUAAGACGCCACGUCCUAGUAACUCCAGGGACUACAGACCCGUGGCACUGACCUCUCACAUUAUGAAGACCCUGGAGAGACUGGUCAUGGAGCAGCUGAGGCCUAUGGUUAGUUCCAUCCUGGAUCCACUCCAGUUCGCAUACCAGCCCAGAAUUGGUGUUGAGGAUGCUAUCAUCUUUCUGCUCAACCGUAUCUACCCCCACCUGGACAAGCCGGCGAGCACGGUGAGGAUCAUGUUUUUUGACUUUUCGAGUGCUUUCGACACCAUCCGGCCGGCCUUGCUGGGUGAGAAGCUGACAGCGAUGCAGGUGGAUGCUCCUCUUGUGUCCUGGAUUGUUGACUACCUGACUGGCAGACCACAGUAUGUCCGCCUGCAACACUGUGUAUCAGACAGCAUAAUCAGCAACACCGGGGCCCCGCAAGGGACUGUCCUCUCUCCCUUUCUCUUCACUAUUUACACCACGGACUUCAACUACCAUACAGAGUCUUGCCAUCUUCAGAAGUUUUCUGAUGACUCUGUUGUGGUUGGAUGUAUUAGAGAGGGUGAUGAGACCGAGUACAGAGCUGUGGUGAGGGACUUUGUCACAUGGUGCGGGCAGAACCAUUUGCAGCUCAACAUGACAAAGACGAAGGAGCUGGUUGUGGAUCUAAAGAGAGCAAAGACACCGGUGAACCCAGUUUCCAUCCUUGGGGUCCCUGUGGACACUGUGGAGGAUUAUAAGUACCUAGGAGUGCACAUUGAUAAGAAACUGGACUGGGCUAAGAACACUCAAGCUCUCUACAGGAAGGGCCAAAGCCGUCUCUAUUUUUUGAGGAGGCUGAGGUCCUUCAACAUUUGCAGGACGAUGUUGAGAAUGUUUUAUGAGUCGGUGGUGGCAAGUUCUAUCAUGUUUGCUGUUGCAUGCUGGGGCAGCGGGAUGAGGGUUGCAGAUGCAAACAGACUCAAUAAACUGAUCCUAGUUGCUGUGGAAAUUGUAGAUGCUGUAGAGACUGUAGAUGCUUUAGUAACUGUAGAUGCAGUAGAAGCUUUAGACACAGUAGAUGCUGUAGAAGCUGUAGAUGCAGUAGAAGCUUUAGACACAGCAGAUGCUGUAGACACAGUAGAUGCUGUAGAAGCUGUAGAUGCUGUAGAAGCAUUAGACACUGUAGAUGCUGUAGAAGCUGUAGAUGCUGUAGAAGCAUUAGACACUGUAGAUGCUGUAGACACAGUAGAUGCUGUAGAAGCUGUAGAUGCUGUAGAAGCAUUAGACACUGUAGAUGCUGUAGACACAGUAGAUGCUGUAGAAGCUGUAGAUGCUGUAGAUACUGUAGAUGCUGUAGAAGCUGUAGAUGCAGUAGAAGCUUUAGACACUGUAGAUGCAGGAAUAACUGUUGUGCCACUAGUGGUAGAUGUGUCAGCGGCUGGUAAAGAGGAAUUGACUGAAAUUGGGGAAGAAGCUGUUGAUUGUACCACUGUUGUGGUUAUUGCUGCACUACUAGUGGAUGAACCAGUGAUAGCUGUUGGGACUGUGGAUGAACCUGUUGAGGAUUCAGCUGCUGGAACACUAGUUUUAGGUGCUGUUGUGGUAAUUCCUGUAUUAGUGGUUGAUGAUUCAUUAGGUGUUGUAGUGGUUGUUGAAGCCACUGCUGUUGUGGAGGAUUCAGUUGUUGUAACACUAGUUUGUGCUGCUGUUGUGGUAAUUCCUGCAGUAGAGGUGGAAGAUUCAGUAAAAGCUGUAGUGGUUGUUGAGGGCACUGCUGUUGUUGUGGCUGUUGUGGAGGAUUCAGCUGUUGUAAAAGUAGUUUGUGGUGUUGUUGUUGUAACUCCUGCAGUAGUGGUGGAUGAUUCAGUAAGAAUUGUAGAGGUUGAGGUAGUGGAAGAUGAUUCAGUAACAGUUGUAGUCGCUGUUGAGGGCACCGCUGUUGUUGUAACUGUUGUGGAGGAUUCAGUUGUUGUACCACUAGUUUGUGUGGUAGAUGAUUCAGUAAGAGUUGUAGUGGUUGUUGAGGGCACCGCUGUUGUUGUGGCUGUUGUGGAGGAUUCAGCUGUUGUAACACUAGUUUGUGUUGCUGUUGAGGUAUCUCCUGCAGUAGUGGUGGAUGAUUCAGUAGGAGUUGUACUGGUUGAGGACACUGCUGUUGUGGAGGAUUCAGUUGUUGUAACACUAGUUUGUGCUGCUGUAGUUGUAACUCCUGCUGUAGUGGUGGAUGAUUCAGUAACAGCUGUAGUAGUUGUUGAGGGCACUGCAUUUGUUGUAACUGUUGUGGAGGAUUCAGUUGUUGUAACACUAGUUUGUGGUGCUGCUGUGGUAACUCCUGAAGUAGUGGUCGAUGAUUCAGUAAGAGAUGUAGUGGUUGAGGGCACCGCUGUUGUGGAGGAUUCAGCUGUUUUAACAGUAGUUUGUGGUGCUGUUGUGGUAACUCCUGCAGUGGUGAAUGAUUCAGUAACAGCUGUAGUAGUUGUUGAGGGCACUGCGUUUGUUGUAACUGUUGUGAAGGAUUCAGCUGUUGUAACACUAGUUUGUGGUGCCGAUGUGGUUACUCCUGCAGUAGUGGUGGAUGAUUCACUAUCUAAAGAGCGGAACACCAGAUCUGUUAGAUACACAAGUUCAGGGAUUGUCCUUGUAGCUGAGGGCCCUGUUGUUGUAGCUGUUGGUGUUGUGGAUGUUGUUGCUGUGCUGACAGUGGUGCUUUCAGUAGUGGUUGAAGUGGGAAUCACAGAAGUUACUGCUGUAGAUGUUGUUUGUGGUGCUGUUGUGGAAGGUCCUGCAGUAGUAGUUCCAACAGGAGUUGAUGUCACUGUUGAAAGAUGUGUUGUUGUAGCUGAUGGUGUUGUGGAUGUUGUUGCUGUGCUGACAGUGGUGCUUUCAGUACUGGUUGAAGUGGGAACCACAGAAGUUACUGCUGUAGAUGUUGUUUGUGGUGCUGUUGUGGAAGGUACGGCAGUAGUAGUUCCAACAGGAGUUGAUGUCAUGGUUGAAAGAUGUGUUGUUGUAGCUGACGGUGUUGUGGAUGUUGUUGCUGUGCUGACAGUGGUGCUUUCAGUAGUGGUUGAAGUGGGAAUCACAGAAGUUACUGCUGUAGAUGUUGUUUGUGGUGCUGUUGUGGAAGGUCCUGCAGUAGUAGUUCCAGCAGGAGUUGAUGUGACUGUUGCAAGAUGUGUUGUUGUAGCUGACGGUGUUGUGGAUGUUGUUGCUGUGCUGACAGUGGUGCUUUCAGUACUGGUUGAAGUGGGAAUCACAGAAGUUACUGCUGUAGAUGUUAUUUGUGGUGCUGUUGUGGAAGGUACGGCAGUAGUAGUUCCAACAGGAGUUGAUGUGACUGUUGCAAGAUGUGUUGUUGUAGCUGACGGUGUUGUGGAUGUUGUUGCUGUGCUGACAGUGGUGCUUUCAGUACUGGUUGAAGUGGGAACCACAGAAGUUACUGCUGUAGAUGUUGUUUGUGGUGCUGUUGUGGAAGGUACGGCAGUAGUAGUUCCAACAGGAGUUGAUGUCAUGGUUGAAAGAUGUGUUGUUGUAGCUGACGGUGUUGUGGAUGUUGUUGCUGUGCUGACAGUGGUGCUUUCAGUACUGGUUGAAGUGGGAACCACAGAAGUUACUGCUGUAGAUGUUGUUUGUGGUGCUGUUGUGGAAGGUACGGCAGUAGUAGUUCCAACAGGAGUUGAUGUCAUGGUUGAAAGAUGUGUUGUUGUAGCUGACGGUGUUGUGGAUGUUGUUGCUGUGAUGACAGUGGUGCUUUCAGUAGUGGUUGAAGUGGGAAUCACAGAAGUUACUGCUGUAGAUGUUGUUUGUGGUGCUGUUGUGGAAGGUACGGCAGUAGUAGUUCCAGCAGGAGUUGAUGUCACUGUUGAAAGAUGUGUUGUUGUAGCUGACGGUGUUGUGGAUGUUGUUGCUGUGCUGGCAGUGGUGCUUUCAGUACUGGUUGAAGUGGGAACCACAGAAGUUACUGCUGUAGAUGUUGUUUGUGGUGCUGUUGUGGAAGGUACGGCAGUAGUAGUUCCAGCAGGAGUUGAUGUCACUGUUGAAAGAUGUGUUGUUGUAGCUGACGGUGUUGUGGAUGUUGUUGCUGUGCUGACAGUGGUGCUUUCAGUACUGGUUGAAGUGGGAACCACAGAAGUUACUGCUGUAGAUGUUGUUUGUGGUGCUGUUGUGGAAGGUACUGCAGUAGUGGUUCCAACAGGAGUUGAUGUGACCGUUGGAAGAUGUGUUGUUGUAGCUGACGGUGUUGUGGAUGUUGUUGCUGUGCUGACAGUGGUGAUUUCAGUAGUGGUUGAAGUGGGAAUCACAGAAGUUACUGCUGUAGAUGUUGUUUGUGGUGGUGUUGUGGAAGGUACUGCAGUAGUAGUUCCAACAGGAGUUGAUGUCACGGUUGAAAGAAGUGUUGUUGUAGCUGUUGGUGUUGUGGAUGUUGUUGGUGUGCUGACAAUGGUGCUUUCAGUAGUGGUUGAAGUGGAAAUCAAAGGUUCUGCAGUAUAUGUUGUUUGUGGUGAUAUCGUGGAAAUUCCAGCAGUAGUAGUUCCAGCAAAAGUUAUAAAUACUGUUGUUGAUGUUUCAGCAGAAGUUGUGAGUCUGGAAGUCUCUGUUACUGUAGACAUUUCUGCUGCAGUGGUGAUGGAUGUUUCAGGAGCAAACGAUGUGAUUGUGGAAGUCUCAGUUGUUGAAGAUGUAUCUGCUGCGCUAGUGGUGGAUGUUUCAGGUUCAGUUGUUGUGAUUGUGGAAGUCUCUGUUGUUGAAGAUGUAUCUGCUGCGCUAGUGGUGGAUGUUUCAGGUUCAGUUGUUGUGAUUGUGGAAGUCUCAGUUGUUGUAGAUGUAUCUGCUGUGCCAGUGGUGGACGUUUCUGGUGCAGUUGUUGUGAUUGUGGAAGUCUCUGUUGUUGUAGAUGUUUCUGCUGUGCUAGUGGUGGAUGUUUCAGGUUCAGUUGUUGUGAUUGUGGAAGUCUCUGUUGUUGAAGAUGUAUCUACUGCGCUAGUGGUGGAUGUUUCAGGUUCAGUUGUUGUGACUGUGGUAGUCUCAGUUGUGGUAGAAGUUUCUGCAGCACUAGUGGUGGAUGUUUCAGGAGAAGUCGUUGCAAGUGUGGAAGUCUCGGUUGUGGUAGAUGUUUCUGCUGUGCUAGUGGUGGAUGAUUCUGGAGCAGUCGUUGAAAGAGUGGAAGUCUCUGUUGUGGUAGAUGUUUCUGCAACACUUGUGGUGGACGUUUUAGGAACACUUGUUGUGAUUGUGGAUGCCUCAGUUGUUGUAGAUGUAUCUGCUGUGCUUGUGGUGGACAUUUCAGCUGGAGUUGUAGUGAAUGUGGAGGACUCAGUUGUGGUAGAUGCUUCUGUUGCGCUAGUGGUGGAUGUUUUCAGGAGCAGUCGUUGCGACUGUGGAAGUCUCAGUUGUGGUAGAUGUUUCUGCUGCGGUAGUGAUGGACGUUUCAGGAGCAGUCGUUGCAAGUGUGGAAGUCUCAGUUGUGGUAGAUGUUCUGCAGCACUUGUGGUGGACGUUUCAGGAGCAGUUAUUGUGAUUGUGGAUGUCUCAGUUGUUGUAGAUGCAUCUGCAACGGUAGUGAUGGAUGUUUCUGGUGCAGUUGUUGUGAUUGUGGAAGUCUCAGUUGUGGUAGAAGUUUCUGCAGCACUAGUGGUGGAUGUUUCAGGAGAAGUCGUUGCAAGUGUGGAAGUCUCGGUUGUGGUAGAUGUUUCUGCUGUGCUAGUGGUGGAUGAUUCUGGAGCAGUCGUUGAAAGAGUGGAAGUCUCUGUUGUGGUAGAUGUUUCUGCAACACUUGUGGUGGACGUUUUAGGAACACUUGUUGUGAUUGUGGAUGCCUCAGUUGUUGUAGAUGUAUCUGCUGCGCCAGUGGUGGACGUUUUUGGUGCAGUUGUUGUGAUUGUGGAAGUCUCUGUUGUUGGUGAUGUUUCUGCUGUGCUAGUGGUGGAUGUUUCUGAAGAAGUUGUUGUAAUUGUGAAAGUCUCAGUUGUGGUAGAUGUUUCUGCUGUACUAGUGGUGGAUGUUUCAGCUGCAGUCGUUGCGACUGUGGAAGACUCAGUUUUGGUAGAUGUUUCUGUUGCGCUAGUCGUGGACAUUUCAGGAGUAGUUUUUGCGACUGUGGAAGUCUCAGUUGUGGUAAAUGUUUCUGCUGUGGUAGUGGUUGACGUUUCAGCUGGAGUCGUUGCGACUGUGGAAGUCUCAGUUGUGGUAGAUGUUUCUGCUGCACUAGUGGUGGAUGUUUCAGGAGCAGUUGUUGUGAUUGUGGAAGUCUCAGUUGUUGUAGAUGUUUCUGCUGCACUUGUGGUGGACGUUUCAGGAGCAGUAGUGAUUAUGGUAGUCUCAGUUGUGGUAGAUGUUUCUGCUGUGUUAGUGGUGGAUGUUACAGGAGCAGUCGUUGUGACUGUGGUAGUCUCUGUUGUGGUAGAUGUUUCUGCUGCACUAGUGGUGGAGGUUUCAGGAGCAGUCGUUGCGACUGUGGAAGUCUCAGUUGUGGUAGAAGUUUCUGCAGCACUAGUGGUGAAUGUUUCAGGAGCAGUCGUUGUGACUGUGGUAGUCUCUGUUGUGGUAGAUGUUUCUGCUGCACUAGUGGUGAAGGUUUCAGGAGCAGUCGUUGCGACUGUGGAAGUCUCAGUUGUGGUAAAAGUUUCUGCGGCACUAGUGGUGAAUGUUCCAGGAGCAGUCGUUGUGACUGUGGUAGUCUCUGUUGUGGUAGAUGUUUCUGCUGCACUAGUGGUAGACGUUUCAGGAGCAGUCGUUGCGACUGGUGGAAGUCUCUGUUGUGGUAGAUGUUUCUGCUGCACUAGUGGUGGACGUUUCAGGAGCAGUAGUUGCGACUGUGGAAGUCUCAGUUGUGGUAGAAGUUUUCUGCGGCACUAGUGGUGAAUGUUUCAGGAGCAGUCGUUGCGACUGUGGUAGUCUCUGUUUUGGUAGAUGUUUCUGCUGCACUAGUGGUGGACGUUUCAGGAGCAGUAGUUGCGACUGUGGAAGUCUCCUUUGUGGUAGAUGUUUCUGCAGCACUUGU